ACUUUCAUACAGCUUUCUCUCGUCUAAAAAGGUCCUUCAAGUGUAUAUCGCACAAAUGGAAUACUCCUUUGGGAAGAAGAGGGCGUUCGAAAGAAUGGAAAAAAGUUAAUGCAUCCAUCAUACUCUUCAACACAAUCCAAGGUAGGAAUCCCUCGACUGAUAACACGCUACAGCAGGUCAGGUAUGUAUGGCUGGCACAGCACAUCAAGUACAGUCAGUAUGUGGGAUGUGGUGUUACAGUGAUUACAUGACCGGACACCGAGCACCGAAGUCUUCUAUUGCGAUUCAAUGGGUCUUGUGUGCUUUGCUAUCAUGGAUAAUUACAUAUAAGAUAAGACAAAUAUCCUUUUCAUAUUUUGCAUUUUGGAUACCUAGAACUCUAAUUUGCGCGAGAUAUACGAACUUUUGUCAAGAUGAGGUUCUUAUGUUUACAUGGAAAAGGCACAAGCGCUGAGAUCUUUUCUAUUCAAUCUGCAACAUUCCGCCGUCUCCUUCCCCCCUCAUACACAUUCGAUUUCCUCGAUGGUCCCUACACAUCUCCCCCCGCAGCCGGGGUGUCCCUCUUCUUCAACCCUCCAUAUUACGCCUAUUACCACUCCUCAGAUCCCUCCGCCAUCCGCGAAUCCUACUCCUAUCUCCAAGAACACCUUGAUAAAAAUGGUCCAUACGAUGGAGUAAUGUGUUUUUCGCAAGGAUGUGCGCUUGUCGCAGGUUUCUUGCUCGAUCAUCAGGUUACACGACCACAUGUUCCUUUACCGUUCAGCUGUGCCAUUUUUAUCUGUGGAGGUAUGCCAUUACCUAUCAUCGAAGAUCUGGGUAUCGAGAUUCCAUCCUUUGCACGAGAUUUGGAAACGCAAUCUGUGAAAGAACUCUUUGCGACUGCCAAUUCGGUCGAAACGGCCAAACCCGGAGAUGAUUAUUGGAAUACAAAGGCGGAGAAAACUUCAAUUCUGAAUGUGGAGAAUAUAGACCUGGAUAAUCCAUAUGACAUACAAGUUCCUGAGGGAUGGAAGAUACAAAUCCCUACGGUGCAUAUUUAUGGGCAGAAAGAUCCCCGUCGGUUGGCGGGUCUGAAUUUGGCGAGCUUUUGUGCGGGAAAGAAGAAGGUUUGGAAUCAUGGAGGUGGUCAUGAUAUUCCUAGGUUGUCGACGGUUUCGGACAAGAUUGCGGGAUUAGUGCAGUGGUGCACAAAUGCGGUAGGUGAGGAGAGAGAGGCCGAAGGUUUGUGAUGUGGUAUGAUGUGAUGGGUGAUCGCAUUUGAAAGAGCCUUGUAAGAUCAUGGUUUCUAAAGUUUCGCACACGAGUCGAUUUGGACGAGCAAAGAGAGUUUUUAAUAAGAGGAUCUGAGACUUAACGACAUGGCCUGUUUGUAACGAUCUGCAAUAUGGUUGCUUACUUCGGAGGCUGCUGCCAUCAUUUUAGAAUUUAGAUGGAUCUUGGGUAUAUAUCUAGCCCUUUCAAUUUUUCACUGCCCAGUAUACCAAGCUGAAGGCAUUCUAUAUAAAUUAUAUUACAUUUCACUACAAUAUCCUUACACUUCACCUCUUCCCUUCGUCCCUCAAGGCAAUAUCUUAUCUCCUUCUCCUCUCUUUCUCGCCUCCUCUCCUAAUCUAUAAGGUCCCAGCGGCACCUUAAUAUCACCCGCAUAUCCAACAUCUCCCUUCGCCUCUUCCAAUUUCUUCGUCACCUUCCCUACCAUUUUGGCAAUCCAUUUAUCGUUAACCGUAGCGCUGACAAGCGUUUUCUUCAUUCCUUUGUGAGCCUUAUGGUUCAUCACGAGAUUCGAUCAGUUACCGAGGAGAAGAAAAAGGGGAGGCGCGGGAAUGGGAUAUUGGAAGCAGUGCUGAAAAAAAGUAUUUCAAUAAUAGAGAUGAUGAGAAAUAAGGAUCGAAAAUGAAAAUACAUACAUCCUUCACUCCUCCCUUCACAACCCCCACCAAAUCUCUAAAUCCGUGGAUUUCUUCGUCCAUCCAUCGUUUUUCCUUCUCGACUUCGAUUACUUUACUCGCUUUUACGACACUGGCCACCCAAUCUAAGAGCUCUUGAUCCAUCACUAUGGGUAAUUGUGCAUGUGCUGCUAUGUGAACUGCGCAUUCGUCUUUUUUUGAUGUAUCAUCUCCCUUCCCCUCCCCUCUUCUUUCCAAUCCACACGAGUCCGCUCGCGCAGGUACUAUAUGUUCAUGAUGCGGCAGCAAAAAACUCGGAAUCGCAAACGUGGCAUCUGCGCCCCCCAGCCGCACAACUUGUUUCAAUGCGCUGGCGGAGGGGAGAGUGCGAUAUACUUGUAUUUUGGUGCUGGAGAGCGAACAGUGGAUGUCGUAGGCGGGAAGGAAGGGGACUUGUGCGAGACCGGUGAUGGAAUCUAGUUGGAGUACGAAAUUGGCGGGGAGGAGCCAUUCGUGGAUGCGUUUUUGGAUGGGGGGGAUGGGAGAUGAGGAGGAGGUGGUGGGGAGAUGGGGAUGGGGAUUGGAUGACCUGCGAGA